AUGUCCCGCUGGAGAGUCUGCCGCUGCCCGCUGCCCAGGCGUCCGUCCCGGGCGGAGGAGGGGGCACCCGCGGGCGUCCGGCGCAGCAGCAGCAGCAGCGUCCCCGCCGUCCGACAGCCGUACACGGAGAGCGGCAGCAUCGUCAGGCCCUUCUCUGAGAUCCCCGGGCACUGGAAGAACGGACUCGCCAAUCUCUACAACUUCUGGAAACAAGACGGAUUCAGAAAUCUCCAUCGCAUCAUGGUGCAAAACUUCAACACGUUUGGACCCAUUUACAGAGAAAAGAUCGGUUACUACGAGAGCGUGAACAUCAUCAGCCCCGAAGACGCCGCCGUCCUGUUCAAAGCCGAGGGACACUUCCCCAGGAGGCUGCAGGUGGAGCCGUGGACGGCGUACAGAGACUUCCGGAACCGCAAAUACGGAGUUCUGCUCAAGAGUGGGGAGGACUGGCGUUCCAAUCGUGUGAUUCUGAACAAAGAGGUGAUCGCUCCAAAAGUCCAGGAAAACUUCGUCCCUCUGCUGGAGGAAGUGGGACAGGACUUUGUGGCCAGAGUUCACAAAAAAAUCAAGAGGAGCGGCCAGAACAAAUGGACCACAGACCUGUCCCAGGAACUGUUCAAGUACGCGCUGGAAUCGGUGAGCUCGGUUCUGUACGGCGAGCGUUUGGGUUUGAUGUUGGAUUACAUCGACCCGGACGCUCAGCACUUCAUCGACUGCAUCACCCUCAUGUUCAAGACCACGUCCCCGAUGCUGUACGUGCCCCCCGGCCUCCUCAGGAGACUCGGCUCCAGAGUGUGGAGGGACCACGUGGACGCCUGGGACGGCAUCUUCAACCAAGCCGACCGCUGCAUCCAGAACAUCUACAGACAGCUCCGCCAGGACGCCGCUCACUCCAGCAAGUACCCCGGGGUCCUGGCCAGUCUGCUGCUGCUGGACAAACUGUCGAUCGAGGACAUCAAGGCCAGCGUCACCGAGCUGAUGGCCGGAGGAGUGGACACGACGUCCAUCACUCUUCUGUGGACGCUGUACGAGUUGGCGCGUCACCCAAACCUCCAGGAGGAGCUGAGGGAGGAGGUGGUCAAGGCCCGAGCGGAGAGCCGGGGAAACAUGCAGGAAAUGCUCAAGCACAUUCCCCUGGUGAAAGGAGCGCUGAAAGAGACGCUGAGGUUACACCCUGUGGCCGUGAGUCUGCAGAGAUACAUCGCCGAGGACAUCGUCAUCCAGAACUACCACAUCCCGGCCGGGACCCUGGUCCAGCUCGGACUCUUCGCCAUGGGCAGGGACCCGGGCGUGUUCUUGCGGCCGGAGCAGUACCUGCCGUCCCGUUGGCUCCGCACUGAGACUCAGUACUUCAGGAGUCUGGGCUUCGGCUUCGGGCCUCGUCAGUGUUUGGGACGAAGGAUCGCAGAGACGGAAAUGCAGAUCUUCCUCAUCCACAUGUUGGAGAACUUCAAAGUGGAGAAGCAGCGCCACCUGGAGGCACAGAGCACGUUUGAGCUCAUCCUCGUACCAGACAAACCCAUUAUCUUCACCCUGAAGCCCCUACACCACAGCCAACGUGUGUGACCAGAACCUGAACCCUAAAUCCAAACCCUGAACCUGAACCCAGAACCUACACCACA